CCGAACUGUAAACACUCCCGCUAGAGCAUAAUGACGCAUAACAGCUGAUCGCUGCUUUGUUAUUGUUUGUAUUAUAAAUUGUAUUUUCAUUAUUUGGACUUGUUUUUCCACUAAAAAAACCCUCUUUGGAGCAUACAACUCAUAACCAGGUAAAAGCCCCAUUAGAAAACACACAAAAUCCUGAUGCAAUAUGAACCCAGAAAUGCGAAGAAACUUAAUCGAAGUGUGUUCAACUUUGGCCGAGCAGGAAAAUCUAAAAGUUACGAUAACGAGUUCAGCUAAGGGGGCCUUGUAUGUUGGAGCUGCUACAUUUAUCGGGGGCGUACUCGGUGGGCCUCUAGGGAUGGCCGCAGGUGGAGUCCUAUCAUCUUUAAGUGUAGCGUUUUCCUCCCAAGGCAAAUUUAAAUCUGUAGUACAAAUAAUAGCGGAAAUGAGCGAGGAGCAACAAGUACGGUUAGCCACCUCCGUGCAAAAUGCCAUAAAAAGUGUCCGGCCUGAAGAGCUUGUCGGGUUACUCUCUUUGGUGAUGACCAAUGCAACUCUUAAGGAGGCUAUUUUAUUGGAAAUUGGCUCUUUUUUGAAAAGGGAGUUGGAGAUGCAGAUGAUUAGAUAAGAAGUUAUCAUUGAGUAUUUAGUGUUGUAAUUUUUAGCUUGUGAUUUAGAUCAUAUUUUAUACUGUGGACUUUAUAAGUGCUGUAAUUUGAGGCGUUAAGAGCAAAGGUGGCUUAAGCCCAAAAUAUCUAUUAUGGACAAACAAGCAAAAUAAAAUUAUGAAAAUGAAUCUCGCAGUUAUAAGAAGCGAUUUUAACAGUUUGUUAAUUUAUUCGAAUUCAGGUAAACGUUAAGAUAUUUUUGAUACUUUUUAAACGGUUUUUUCUGAAAAAUGAUAUUUUGAAUGUUUGAAGCUCUUUUUUUACUGACUUCGAAAUAAAAAGAUAUUUUUAAGCAAAAUAAUUUAUUUUUGGAUAAAUGACAAACCAUGUUUGAACAAAACCUAAUUUGAAGUGUUUUUACUCAUUUUCUUCCACCCUGUGAUCUUCAAAAACAACCGGGGCUUCUUCCACAUAUGCAUUGUGGACCAGUUGGCGAUAAAAUUAUGGUUUACUGGUGGAAUAUAGUCAAGCAGAGAUAAAAAAUCUUGGUAUUUCUUUUUCUUGUAUGGGCUUGGGUCGGUUGAAUAGAGGAACUAGUUCGGCUAUUUCUUAGAAAAUUUGUUCAAAAAGUCAAGUUUGUGGUCCCUCGAUAAGGCAAUGUAAGUACAAAGGGCAACCAUUUUAAAAUAUCUAAUCUGACCACCGCACUGAUCCCUAUACAUGAUUAACUAGUAGUGUGCAAUACAAGAACCAAAUUCUUCGGGACCUCGGGAUCCGAUACUCUCAUCCCAUGUGUACCUUGCCAGUUUGAAGAUCAUGAAUCCCGAAAAAAAAGGUCCAGAGUUGUCUUUUGUAAUAAGCAACUUCUGUGGAAAUUAUGGGUGUUGCUAAUAUUUUUAUUAAGUCAAAUGAAAUUACUGUGAGAUCAUCAUUCAAUUUUACAGCUUUACAGCUUUGGUAUCGGUUCUCAUGCCUUGUCGAGCAGGUUCUGCUUUUUCCCUGGUGCAGCUCUUGUUCCACUUUAAUUGCUUCACAUCUGUCAUGCCUGUCUUGAUUUUAAUAUUGAAUGCAUGAUAUUUGCGACAACUAUCGGAUAGAGGAGCGUGGAACAUCAAACUGAAGUCGUUUUUAAAUAUUUGACGAAAAACAAACAUUGACACGGACUGCUGAGUUUCAUUCUUAUACAAAUUGUACAUCUUGAUUAGAUCUAGUUCUGGAGAAAGAUACUUGACAUUGUAUUUUUUUUUUAAAGAAUAAUGGGACUCAUAGCAAUCAUAUGGCCGGUAGUUUAUUAAUAAAACUUUUCACAGCAGUAACUUUUUCCCAUGAAGUUUUAUUAACCGAUAUUGAUUUUCCACGUUUAUCAUUCUGCGGUGUUACUGUAGUGCUUUUCGUUGUUAGCACCCUAGUUAUGCGGCCAUCUAAAACUUCCAAUGAUUGUUUUAAAAAAAUAACACCGCGCGGUAUUCUUUUGGUUUCCUAUUUUCUGUGGUAUAGGUACGUUCUUUGUUCUUUGACAAGUCCAAAAUAUAAACACUUUGUAAAGUGUGAAAUCCCUAAACUAUAAAAGUUUUUGAAUAGAACCUCUCGCCAUCUUUGCAAGAAUUUUUCGUGACACUUCUCUGAACAAGAGCAUUCUUUGGCUUCAAAUAUCUUACCAGGAACCACUUAAUGUUUAAUGUUAUCACUGGCUCGCUGAAAGUGCUUUCUCUGUCCGCAAUAUAAACAAAAAAAUCAAACAAAAUUAAAAACUAGGAAAAGCAAACUAACUAGAGAGAUCACUAACUUCACUAUAGUUAUCAGAAGGUCCAACUCAGAACCUGAGUCUAGGAAAGGUUCUUCCAUAACUGUAAUAAAAAAUGUCAAGUGCAAAAGUGGCCCAAGCCGAGAACAUAGAACAUAACCUCAACAUACAGCCUUUUAUCUGAUAAGAACACUGUUCCUAUUUUAAAAACAAGAAAACAUGAGUUACUUACCAGAACUCCUACUUUCGUCACUAGCAAACAUAUUAUUUCUUUGCAUUGUUUCAAAAUAAACUUCAGUUUAAUAGAGUAAAGAUACACUAUUAGAAGCACAACAAAGGCACGUGGUCAAAUAUUCGUGUCACUGAUAUCUUGUGGUGAAUGUUAGAAAUAGGCUUUGGCCGGUGUUGCACGAUAAAAAAUUGACUUUCGUAGGCCACUUUUGCUCUAAAUGCCUCAUUUGUCUCUUAUAAAACAUAGUCUUUUUAGAAGUAAAUUUGGAAAGUUUAAAAACGAUUUUCUGCUAGUUUAGCGAUAUUAAAUGAAACAUUUUUCUCAAAAAAAAUUUAAAAUUUGUUUUUAUUAUUUUAAGUUAUACACUGUUAAUAUUUUAAGCACUUUUAAAUAAAAGUUAUUUGUUUGUA